AUGGACUCGUCUCCGUUUACUGUCGCUCGCAUUAACAAGUUCGACGGCACGAACUUCCAUACGUGGAAGUUCAAGAUGCAAAUGGUGCUGGAAGAGAGGGACCUCUGGGACGUGGCGAGCGGCAAGGUCAAGCUCAAGUACUGCACAAGUAAUUUGGACCAAGCGACGUUGAGCGAAAGUCGCGGAAGGCGCUAG